CUAUAAAAUCUCACUCCCUCAGUACCACUUUAGUUCACUAAGCUUAUAAUCUCCCUUCCUCUUUCCUGGCCUCUUCUUUGCCGUCUUUGAUCUUCAAUUUUCUUUGUCCAGAUCCCUCAAGGCCGCGACAAUGAAGAAAGCUGUGCUGAGAUUGGAUCUGCAUGAAGAGAAAGCUAAGAAGAAAGCCAUGAAGACAGUCUCUAGGCUUCCAGGGGUGCAUUCAAUAUCCAUGGAGAUGAAGGACCAGAAGCUGACAGUGAUAGGGAACAUUGAUCCAGUACACAUAGUUGCCAAACUGAGAAAGCUGUGUUGCACAGAAAUAGUUACAGUAGAACCGGCAAAAGAACCUGAAAAGAAGAAGGAAGAGCCGAAGAAGCAAGAUCAAGAUCUUCACAUCACUGCUUAUCAUUACCAUUAUCCACAUGUUGUAAGUGUUGAGGAGGAUCCUAAUGCAAUUUGUGUCAUUUCUUAAUUAAUAUUUUAAUUCUAAAUGUAAAAGAUAUUAUUUCGGGAAAUAAAAAGUUUCAAUUUCAUGAA